ACUCGCUUUAUGAUUUGGUAUAUUAAACCUCUUUUAUAUAAUAUCCGUUUAACUAGUGAAAAUAACGCAAGAGGUUCUCAUGGUACAAACGCGUGAAUAGUGAUUAUCUGUACUUAUACACAUCGCUAUUUCAACUUGCUUGUUUGAGGUAUAAUUCUUUAAAAGUUAGAUGGGAAAUGCAACAAAUUUUAACAAUAUACAAAAUUGUUUAUGGUCGAAUUGAUGCUCCUGAAUCACACCAUGAGUUUCUUCUUAUUUUUGCUCCUGACAAUUACUGUCGCAACAGAAGUACCAGUUAUUUGCUAUACCAUCUUGCAGAAUAGUCAGUAGAGCUAAGUCCCCGUUACCAUCCACGAUGAAACUUUUAAACCGAUUCCUGGAUUCAACGCCAGAGUGUGGUGUGUUCUCGAGUGAAAGAAAAUUAUUUUUGUAGGAAUGCUUGAAGUUUAGCGAAAGAGAUUAAUGAAAGAUAAUACAUAUCUUCUUAAAAUUUAAGCAACCCCUAAACUAAGAUAGGCAGUACCUGCCUGACAAUAUAGGUAAGGGGUUAUUAGUUUAGAUGCUUUUUAAAUAACUCUGUUUAUAACUACAUAAAUAUUUACAACUUAAAAUUAACUACAACUAAACUAUUAAAUAAAAUGAAAGUAAAAAAAGGAAACAACAAAAAUUUUGAGCUUUCGAGCUCACGCUCAGCCGCUCCGCAAGUGAUGUGUCGGACUCAGAGUCCGACCCGACCUUCCGACUUGGGGCCCAUGUUCGAGGCUCGCUGGACGGUUCCAGCGCCUCGCCACGAGUCCCAGAGCCACUUGGGCUCCCCUCUACCGCCUCUGCAGGUGAGCCGAGCUCACCCGCACUCUCCUCCUCUGGGAUGGGGUGUUUUUUUGUUUUUGGUUUGACUUUGUGUUCUCCAUAAAGUUCCCACGAGUAUGGGGGACAUAAUCGGUCCACACAGGCAGUGUCCCCCGUAUCUGGCACCUUGCGUGAUAGAGUUGGAAUGUGCGGAGUGUCUGCCGGACAACAUGCCGCUGGUGACGUCACACCGCGCCGCCAACGGCACGCUGCGGCUGGCGGACGGCGACGCGCUGCAGCUGUCGUGCGGCGCGGGCCGCUUCCUCGCCGCGCCCACCCACGCCGCGCUCGCCGCGCACUGCCGCGCCGGCCGCUACGUCGCGCUCGGCCGCCUGCUCCACCUGCGCGAGCUCGGCUGCCAGCAGAGCAUCUUUGAAGACGUGCUCCACCAGGUAGAUGACUGUGGAAAUUUGCAAGGCCGAGCGUAUCUGAUGCAUGAAACGGAAGGACGAGCGCGUCACCUAGCGACCGCUUGCUUCGACGCGGACCGCGGCGUGGCCGUACGCCUGCAGAUAGCGGCGGCCGGGCCGGCGGGGUCCGUGGCGUCCACGGAGCCGGCGCACUCGCACGCGUCGGCGCCGCGCAGUCUGCUCGGCAACUUCAACCAGAUGUUCGACGCGGCCACUCGACAGGCGGCCGAGCGCCUCUACUCCGAUGACGUCCGUCUAAAUCGGCGCCUGCACGAACUGCUCCGACACGAUCACUACUCGUUCGCCGAUCAGACGCUCACCUCGGGCAAGUUGUUGAGCAGUCGUUAUUUCGAUGACCAGUUCAUGAGAGUUACCGAUUUUGUUUCCAACAAAGUGGCAGUGUGGAGCAGCGUAGCCGAGGGCAACCUGCACCACUUGCACCAGGACGUGGCCAGCUUCGUGGAGUCCAGGCGCGGCCAGGAGGAAGUGGAAGUGUUGGCCGGCACGCACGGGGUGCUGUCGCUGCGCACGGACGGCGCCGGGCCGGCCGGGGCGCGCACGGACGGCGCCGGGCCGGCCGGGGCGCGCACGGAGCUNUACCUGCUGGCGGGCGAGCGCUUCCCGGUGCCGCGCUACGUGUGGACGGUGGUGCACGCGCGCCGCUCGCGCCGGGCCGUGGCGCUGGUGGUGCUGAACGACCCGUUCGUGGCCGUGAGCGAGAUCCGCGCGGCGGUGUUCUGCGCGAGCGCGUGCAGCGAGGUGGGCUGGCUGCGGGCCCUGCGCGCGCAGCGGCGCUACGAGAGCGCGCUGUACGGGCUCGCCUUCUGCUGCAGCCUGCGGGACUUGGCCGCGCACGUGGCCGGCCUGCCCGCGGGCCUCGCGAGGGACAUGCCGUUGCUCACCUAGCUACGCGGGGUCUAGCUAUUUGUCGGGUGUGUUAUAUUCUUGCCUAUACUAUUCAGGAGUCGACUUGUCGCUACAAUUAUUAGAUGUAUGCUGAUGGUCAUCCCACUAACAUCCACGCCCACGGGUCCGCGGCUAAAGCAAAUGGUAUAAGGUAGUACGAUAAUAAAACAAAUAUUUAAAUUCUCACGAA